CAGCGGACUAUUACCGGCGUUACAGUGGCCAGGAACAUCGAUCGAAAGCAAUACCUAUUUACCAGACGCUGUGUAAAAUAUAUUUUUUUUAAUAAUUGUGAAAUUAUUCUUUGUGAUUUUGUGAAGAUGGGACCAGAAACGAAUUAUUUGGCGUCUGUGGAAUUUGAAGUUCACGGUCAGGUUCAAGGAUGUUUUUUCACAAAAUAUUGCAAGGAAAUGGCGGAACAACUGGGCAUCGGUGGUUGGGUGAAGAACACCAAGAAAGGGACCAUUGUUGGCAGGAUACAAGGCACUAAAGAUAGUUUGGAUAAAAUGAUCGACUGGCUGAGCACAAAAGGAUCUCCAGAUAGCAAGAUAGAGAAGUGUGAUUUAUCAAACUUUGAAUAUGUGGCGCGACUGGCUUUUCACAACUUUAGCAUACGAUUUUAAUCUUUUUAAUAAAUGCUUUUUAUAUUU